UCCUGCGCGCCGGCUGGGUGGCUCCGGAGCCCGAGCGGCAGCGGAGCUUGCUGCAGACAGGAGCGCUCGCUGAGCGGCCGCUCGGUGCGUCCCGUGCCCCGCACGCCCGCACCCGGCGCGGCCCGCUGCGAGCAUGGGCGCGGCGGCCGUGCGCUGGCACUUGUGCGUGCUGCUCGCUCUGGGAGCGCGCGGGCGGAUGGUGGGGGGCAGCGGGCUCCCAGGAGCCGUGGACGUGGAUGAGUGCUCAGAGGGCACAGAUGACUGUCACAUAGAUGCCAUCUGCCAGAACACACCCAAGUCUUACAAAUGUCUCUGCAAGCCUGGCUACAAGGGGGAAGGGAGGCAGUGUGAAGACAUCGACGAGUGUGAGAAUGACUACUACAAUGGGGGCUGCGUCCAUGACUGCAUCAACAUCCCCGGGAACUACAGGUGCACCUGCUUUGAUGGAUUCAUGCUGGCUCAUGAUGGACACAACUGCCUGGCCCCCUUGGAUGAGAGCUCCAAAACGGAUGACCUGUUCCCUGACCUUAGGAAGCACAGACAUUCAACCUGCCUGGCUUUGGACAUCCUGCCUGACUUGAUCACUGUGUGA